CUGUAGACAUCACAACAUUAACAUUAUGUCUAUGCAGUCUAUGCUUCGCUACACUUAACCGCGGGUGGGUCGUGAGCUCAUUUGUACAUCUAUAACUGUAAACAAAACCGAGUUCUUGUUCUAGCGUAAACAAAUGUUGUCAAAUAGUUUAAAGCACUGUUAAAUUUUAUUCUAGAAAUUCUCUAGUGAUCGUGACGUUUAAAAUUAGAAUCAGUCAGUUAUUUGCUCGCGUUGAAUACUGUCGUGUGUUUGUUUAUUCGCGUUUGUUAAAGAUCGUUAUGAAAUUCGAACGAGUAUUCCCCGAAGAAUAUCCCAAUGUAUACAGCAAAUGGAAAGAUGGUAAUGUCGAAUGGGUGAUCCAGGAUCUGCCGCCGGAAGAUGAUGAAGAAGCCAUCAAGAUACUAGUAGACCAUCUGUGCGCCGAUGAGACCUUGUGUAAAACAAGCGAUUUGCUGAAUGAUCCGGAAAGCGUUCGGGGUAUGAGUGAAUUCUGGAGAAUUUUCCUUGGCAAGAGAAUGAGUCUUGGAUGUUAUGCGUCAACCAAUGGAAACAAGAAACUGGUCGCAUUGAACUGUUGCUUUGUGUCUUGUAAAGGAGAGGAUAUUGAUUGUGAGAUCGUUGGCAAGGCAUGGAAGAACGUGUAUGAUGUUUUGGAUUACGCUGUGUCGAAAUUCGAUGUAUUUGAAUAUCUCGGUACUGACAAAGUCUUGGAGGGCAUGGGCUUGGUGGUCUCCAGGAAUUAUAGGGGAGCUAAACUCGGAAGCAAGAUUGUAGCGGCAAGGGAGCCCUUAUGCUACACCCAAGGGAUUAAGGCCACAGCCACCGUGUUCACCGGUAUAGCGUCACAGAAAUGCGCUGAAAGCUGCGGUUUUGUCACAACAUUUGAAUUCCCUUUGAGUGAAGUAGCUGAAACCGGCUUGAACUACUCCAAAGAUGACACGCGUUUAAUCAAGCUUAUGGUUAAGAAAUAUGACUUUUGAAUUCGUUUUAAACAACAACGUACGUCUACUGUGGAUGACUUGGACGUCUUGUAUGGAUCAGCUUGUUGGACGACUAAAAUGACGGAUGAAAGGCGAUUGCAUGCAGCAGAGAUGCGAAUGUAGCGAUGGAUGUGUGGAGUAACGAGAAUGGAUAGAAUACGGAAUGAAUAUGUUAGAGGAAGUCUGAAAGUGGAACCUGUGACAGAGAAGUUGAGAAGUGCGCAUUUGGGAUGGUAUGGACAUAUGAUGAGACGAAAUGAAAAUGAGGUCGGUAAGAGAGUGUUAACUGUGAAUGUGGAAGGAUAUAGAGGAAGAGGUAGACCUAAAAAGAAAUGUAUGGAUUGCGUGAAAGACGAUAUGUGUAAGAGGGGAGUGAGCGAUGAAA